CCCCAAUUCGCCGUUCUAUAUUCCCACUCCACCCCAUAAACCCUAAUACCCUUUCACCUACACAAACCCUAAAAUGAGGGCACCAAUGAGAGGCGGAGGAGGACGUGGCGGCGGUUUCAGUGGCGGCCGUAGCGGUGGUUUCAGCGGCGGCCGCGGAGACGGUGGCGGCAGAGGUGGAGGAAGGGGAAGAGGAGGUUUCAGCGGCGGUAGAGGCCGUGGUGGCGGCGAGAUGACCCGCGGUGGUGGAAGAAGCGGCGGCAGGGGUGGUCGUGGUGGCCGCGGUGGUCGUGGUGGCAGAGGCGGUGGAAUGAAGGGUGGAAGUAAGGUGAUUGUUGAGCCACAUAGACAUGAUGGUGUGUUUAUUGCUAAAGGGAAAGAAGAUGCUCUGUGUACUAAGAAUAUGGUGCCUGGAGAAGCUGUUUAUAAUGAGAAGAGAAUCUCUGUUCAGAAUGAAGAUGGAACAAAGGUUGAAUACAGAGUAUGGAACCCUUUCAGAUCAAAGCUUGCUGCUGCUGUUCUUGGUGGAGUUGACAACAUAUGGAUGAAACCUGGUUCCAAGGUACUGUACUUAGGAGCUGCAUCCGGAACCACUGUCUCUCAUGUUUCUGAUCUUGUUGGCCCAACUGGAGUUGUGUAUGCUGUUGAGUUCUCUCACAGAAGUGGUAGAGAUUUGGUUAACAUGGCGAAAAAGCGAACAAAUGUUAUCCCUAUUAUUGAGGAUGCUAGACAUCCAGCUAAGUACAGGAUGCUUGUUGGCAUGGUUGAUGUUAUCUUUUCUGAUGUUGCUCAACCUGAUCAGGCAAGAAUUUUAGCGCUCAAUGCAUCUUAUUUCUUGAAAUCAGGAGGCUAUUUUGUUAUAUCUAUCAAGGCAAACUGUAUUGACUCGACUGUUCCUGCUGAGGCUGUAUUUGCUUCUGAAGUUAAAAAGCUUCAGGCGGAGCAGUUCAAACCAAUGGAACAGGUGACCCUCGAGCCCUUUGAGCGAGAUCAUGCUUGUGUUGUUGGUGCCUACCGCGUGCCAAAGAAACAGAAACCUGCAUCAUAGAUGCCGCUUCUGGUUACAAGUAAACCUAUUUAGUUUGUUUUUCAUGUUGUUUUAGGAUUUGUUUAUGUAACGGGAUACCGGCUAUAAAGUUAAAAUUUUGGGGUGAACUUGGAUUUCUGGGCUUUUGCUAUUACUAUAUAAGUUGGUAGUUUGUGAUC